AUGUCCGCUUAUGAGAACAACAAGUCUUGCCUGACUUUGCAGCGGACAGGUUGCAUAGACGGCUGGACCCUGUGGAACACGCAUUGUUAUGGUUUCAUAUCGGACAGGCGUCUCAUAUUGGAGGAGGCGGACUCGUUUUGCUGGACCCACGGGUCGCGGCUGUUGACCGCGAACAACCUUGCAGAGCAUAAGAUGGUCGCCUCCUGGCUCAACGACAACGACGUCGUCUUACAAUCUACCUGGUUUAUCGGUGGUUACUAUGCCAUCGACACCGUGAAUUGGGAUACCGGUGACGUCAUAACUGAUGCAAUCACGCCUGAGCUCUGGAACAUUGCUCCGAACUUGAUUUCAGGCCUGUACAGCAGAAUUGCGUACGCGUACGAUUAUGGUCACGGCGGGCUGAACAAGCAGGAGAUACCCAGAGGUCCCUUCAUAACGCUGGAGCCCCGUAACGUGGCGGUGAUCGGAGAGGGCACGGACACCUCCAUCUCUCUGGAGUGUUUCGCCAGCGGCAACCCGCCAGCCAAAUAUACAUGGUACCGAGGAAACACUACCAUCACAUCUGAGCAGAGCAAAAGGUACACAGUAAGCGGCGGGCGGUUGAUCAUUCAGGGCCCCCGUGUCAGCGAGGACGCGGGCAUGUACCAAUGCAAGGCCGCCAACUCGCUGGGCACCGUCCUAAGCAGGGCCGCAGUCGUGCAGUUUGGAUAUCUGCACGCGUUUUCGCCAGUGAAGUCAGACGACCAGGUGGGCACGGUGUUCGAGGGAGUCCGCGUUAGUUGCUUCACACCAGCGUACAACCCAGAGGUGCGGUACGGCUGGUUUCAGAACCACAACACACACAACUACAUCUUCCCCAACCACCCUGUGCACUUCAUCUCGCAAUCCGGCUAUCUGUACUUCUCCGAGGUGCAGCUCUCCGACGACCGCACCUACUUCUGCGUCGUGACGCUCGUUGCCCCUCACGACUACGACGCCGAUACGACUAUGUCGCCCAGCAGAGUCGGUCUGGGGACCAAACUAAUACUCAGACCCGGAAAGAUGUCAAACAACUACGGCCCCAUCAUUCAUACGCACACGUUCCCGACACCGGCAUUGAGGGGAAGCCUGGUGCGGCUCGAAUGCGUCGCUUAUGGAUCCCUUCCGUUGAAGUACAGCUGGAGUCGCGCUGAUGGUCAGCCGUUCGUCAAGGGGACGCAACUCAGCGACAAUAACCGCGUGCUAACGAUAGCCAACGCGCCGCUCGAGGCGGAUGGAGACUACAUCUGUAAAGUAGUCCGCCAGGGCACAGUCAGUAAGACGGCCACCAUCUCGCUGCUACUCGAGACGAAGCCCUACUUUUCUGACCCGAUCAACAACAUGUUUGUGGACGCCGGGCAGACGGUGGUCUGGCGCUGUAAGGCGGUCGCCCGACCCCGAGCGAGUUAUUCCUGGUACAAGGAUGGCGUGUUUCUGACAAAUGUGCCCGGUAAGUGCGGGAGACGUGAUGGCGUGCUACUGACAAAUGUGCCCGGUAAGCUGGAGGUGAGCGGGAACCAGCUGACUAUCAGCGUUGUGGCGGCAGGCGACAGCGGCAUGUAUCAGUGCGCCGCCACCAACAGACACGGCACGUCCUUCAGCUCCGGCGAACUUCGGAUUCUAGGUGCGGGGCUAAACUGUUGUCCAGUAGAGUGGAUGAAAGACGGUCGACCCCUGGGCCUCAAGCCGGGAGACGUUGGCGGGCGACUCAAGAUGGCGCUGUCGUUUGAGCUCAUCAUCACCGAACUCUCGGCCGCAGACGCCGGUUUGUACAUCUGCGUGGCGAGCAACGAAUAUGGCGAGGCACACAACUCCACCUUCAUCACUGUCGUGGACGGCGUGGUGAUAGAGCGCGGUCCCGAGCCGACGGAAGUAGCCGUCAACGAGACGCAGUUCCUCCCGUGCUACGUCGAUGUCGCGAGGAGCGAUAUUGACGUCAAGUACCGGUGGAAGUUCAAUGGACAUUACAUUGACUUUAAACGGCACCAUCAUUUUAUAUCGGGUAUGAAGGAAGGCGCCUCCGGCCUCUACAUCCGGGAGGCCCAGUACGCUCAUGAAGGCGAGUACACGUGCGAGGCACAGACGCCCCUCCAAGUGGACACUCGCACGGCCAAGGUCACCGUAAGAGACGUUUCGGAGAGCACUGCAGUCGCGACUGCUAUAAACAACGGAAAUCGCAGCGAUCAGCGCUCUACCAACGUCACGGGGUUGGUUCCGAACACGAACUACCGGUUCAAGGUGCGCGCCGUGAACGCCUUUGGUCGUGGAUCAGAGAUGUACAUUCACACGCCUUCAGCGCCCCCGUACCGCGCCCCGAACAAUCUGGGAGGAGGGGACGGCAAAGUGGGGACACUCAACAUGUCAUGGACGCCAAUCCCCGAGUCGGAACAUUGUGGCCCAGGACUGGGUUACACACUGUACUGGAAACGUCAGAGCACGCGAGAACGAUACGACUGGCACAAGGUCGUGCUCCUCGGUCACGUGGGCAUGUACUCGGCGCUGGUGGGGGCGGAGAACUACUACCUCGGGUAUGACGUCAUGGUGGGCGUCUUCAACGACCUUGGCGCCGGACCUAACUCCAGCGUCGUCACCGUCUUCUCCGCUAUGGGCAUGCCGGAUAUCGUACCUAAGAUUACAAGCGUCAGCGGAGUGAACCUGUCGAGCGUUCUGGUUAGUUGGGUCCCUAUUCCGGACGACAGGGAGCACAUCAAGGGCCGCAUUGGAGGCUACACGAUUCAGUACUACUGGAACAACCUAGGGUGCAGCCCGUUAAAAGGAUGUGCGGUCACCAACCUGCGCAAUCGGAACAUCUAUGGCCAGGCGAGCGAGGUGCUACUGAUUGACUUGGAAAUAAACUCCGAGUUCUUCUUCCGCUUGCAAGUGUUCAAUUCCGCCGGAAGGGGUCCAAAGGGGGAAUCGCGUCGAGGGGAAACAGCCAACAACGCGCCCAUAAACUACCCCCGAUUUGUCACGGUGACGUCAAAUGGUCCCAAUAGCGUCCUGGUCACGUGGCAGGGGAUCAUGACGACAAAGAAUGAGGAAAUUAUUACGGGAUACAAGGUAAAAUGGUGGCUUGUGCAGUCGGAUAUCCGGCACGCCAACGAGACGACAACGGAACUGCUGGAUACCUCGGCGGUGCUAAAUCGCCUCCAGCAGGAGAGCGUCUACCAGCUCAGGGUGCUGGGAGUCAGCGCCGGCGGUGACGGGGCCAUGAGCGACUCGGUGUUCUUCACUUUAAAAGGGGGCAUGAUCCAGAUCGACCCGGCCACAACCGAAAUCUGCUACGAAGGCGUGUCCUGUGGAGCAGUACCACUCUGCCUAGGGGCGGACAUACUGACACUGAUGCUGAUAACAAUCCUCGUGAUGCGGCGACUGGUCACGCCCUAA